AUGCACAUUCAUCACUCAUAUGCAAUUUCCACCAUUCAACUUUUCCGAUCGGCAGUAACGCACUUACAUUACAAUCCGCGUAGCUUACGAGAAGAUGAUAAUAUUAACUCUUUCAUUACCACACUUCUACAACAAGCACCACCUACUCGCCUACAUCGACCUACUAUCAGCCUCCAGCCCACGGUUGAUUAUUUAACGACCUUGAACACUGACACGAUUUCACUUGCCUCACUACAAAGUAAACUGGCAUUUCUUUUGGAUGUUACUUGUUUCCUUCGCCCUUUGGAUUUACAUCGUAUCCCUCUUUUUCGGUUACACUGUCCGAAAGGAAAGCGAAAUCGUCGUCGUAUAAUCAAGUCCUUUCAAGUUAAAGCCCACUUAGAUCAGCGCCUCUGCCCUGUACGCACUUUUCAACUUUUUUCUCAACGUCGACCAUCCUGCCAGGCCAGUACUCUCUUUAUCAACUCUUUACAGCCCAACAAAGAUCUCAGUCCACGCACACUUCAAAGCUGGAUUGCUAAACUGAUACGCCAUUCAACGGAGGAAAAACGAGUCUCAUUAAGGUUCAUUGCCUCCUCAUUGGCUCUUCAAUCUGGUAUACCUAAAGACAACAUUGUUACCAUGGGCAUUUGGGCAUCUUCCUCUACGUUUGAAAACCAUUGCCGCCGCGAACAUCUCUCCAGUUUUGACUUCACUAACACGCUCAUCACUGCUGACAAUAAUAUUGAAGAUGAUGAAAAUAUGGACGAAAUUUUCUUCGAUGCUAUGGAUGAUAACAUGGAUUUUACUUAAUUUUACACACUUAUAUUUCUCUGGAUUAGCAAUCAU